CGCAUGCCUUUUGGAUUGAUUGUGUGUUGGGAGUGAUCAUUUGAGGCACAUACAAUCCUUGAUUCCAGCUUAAACAUGUUUAAAAUUGAGGGACUUGGGCCAAAGAUGGACCCGGAGGAGAUGAAGAAAAAAAUGCGCGAGGAUGUCAUCACGUCUGUUCGUAAUUUUUUGAUUUAUGUCGCGGUUCUGCGAGUCACACCCUAUGUUUUGAAGAAGCUGGACAGCAUAUGAAGAUUGACCAUGAACAGAAACAUUCCCUGAGAGAUGAGCAUGAAGGACUCUGCUGCACGGUCACUUACACCGCAGUUAAUAAAGAGAUGAUGUAACUUUGUAUCAUUUAUUUUAUUUUACUGGAUGCAAUUGAAUGUACUUGAUUUGUUCUCAUCCGAGCUCAGUUGAAAUCUAUGGCAAACAAUUUGCGUCUAACAGAGUGUUGUCAUGUUCACAAUGGUCUAAGCAAUAAAUCUUUUUUUUAUUGGUAGUUGUUGCGACUUAAACUUGGAUUGGAUUUAUAGUAAUUACUUGCUUUAAUGUACAUUUACAAUCCCAGUAGUUCCCAUUUAUACAUUUGGAUUCAUUCUGUUUUAUUAGGGUAAAAGCUAAACAUGCUUUGGAGAUUUUUAUGUAAUGACUAUGACAUUUAACAUUACAGUCAAGUCCUCAUGUUUAGAAAAUGUGGUUCAACUAUUUAUUUAACAACAACUGCUAAUCCAAGAAAUGUCAAAUACAGGAAUUUCAAUAAAUGCUUUAUUGUUACAAAUUAAA